UUGAUGCACCACACACUUUGAUGUGCCACACGCUUCAAAGCAACAGGUGUUACUACUUUGCAUUAUGCCUCCAAAUAAUGCAAUCAUCACACCUUUGAUAUGCCUCAGCUCCCUCAGAGCAUUUCACAUUUCAUUUUGAGACAGCACCAUGAAGAGGAGCUACAACUUAGCACAGGCUCUUGAGCUCAUUUGGAGCCCUGUCGAGGAGGAGAUAGAUGAGGAAGAACCUGCAGAAGAAGAGGAAGAAGUGUCAGAGGAAGAGAACAUCACUGAAAAUGAUGAAGAUUAUGCUCCAACUGACGAGGAGGAAUCAUCUGAUGAAGAGGAACCUGCUGACACUGAAAAUCAUUUCCAAUCCAAAAAUGGAAAUGUAGUCUGGUCCUCCAUUCCUCCAACUGACCGAAGGCGUAUGUUGGGUGCAGAGAGGGAGAGAAGUCCCAGAGGGCCAACAAGGUAUGCUAUUUCUCGUGCUGAUAGCAUAAAGUCUACAUUUCACUUGUUUAUGUCAGAAGAAAUUGAAGAGGUGGUACUACAAAUGACGAAUAAGGAGGGGCGUCGUGUGUAUGGUGACAAGUGGGACGAGAUGGACAAAACUCAGCUAGAAGGAUAUUUGGGUCUUCUUAUUCUUGCUGGCGUCUACAAGUCCAGUAAAGAGAGUACGUUUAGCCUAUGGCAUGCUCAAUCUGGGAGGGCAAUUUUUCGUGCCACCAUGCCACUGAAGACAUUUCACAUCCUCUCAAGGGUAAUUCGUUUUGAUGAUCGUGACACCAGACCAACACGCCGUGCAAGAGACAAACUUGCUGCCAUCCGAGAGGUGUGGGAUAAGUGGUUGUGUCGCCUGCCGCUCAUGUACAAUCCUGGUACUGAUGUAACAGUGGAUGAGCGCCUGGUCCCAUUCAGAGGUCGCUGUGCUUUCAAGCAAUACAUGCCAAGUAAACCAGGAAAAUACGGCAUCAAAAUCUGGGUAGCCUGCGAUGCCCAGACCAGCUACGCCUGGAACAUGCAAAUGUACACAGGCAAACCUGUGGAUGGCCAGCCGGAGAAAAAUCAGGGCCAGCGGGUAGUUCUCGAGGUGACGGAGGGUCUUCGGGGACACACCAUCACCUGCGAUAACUUUUUCACCUCCUAUGCCCUUGGCCAGGAGCUGCUGAAGAGGAAGAUGGCCAUGGUGGGAACAGUGAGGAAGAACAGACCAGAGCUUCCCCCUGUACUGCUGGCGACAAGAGAGAGGGAAAAGUUCUCUUCCCAGUUUGUGUUUACUGACACGCAUGCUCUGGUCUCCUACUGCCCCAAAAAGAGAAGGAAUGUGCUUCUCAUGAGCACUCUGCAUCGGGACACUGCAGUUAGCUCCAUGGAGGACAAAAAGCCCCAGAUCGUCCUUGACUACAACAAGAACAAGGGGGGAGUCGACAACCUCGACAAGGUCACCAGUGUAUACAGCUGCAAACGGAUGACAGCCCGUUGGCCCCUGGUGGUUUUCUAUAAUAUGCUUGACGUGUCUGCAUACAACUCCUUCAUCCUGUGGAGAGAGAUCAACCCAACCUGGAAUCAGGGGAAGUGCCACAAGAGGAGGCUGUUCCUCGAGGAGCUUGGGAGAGAACUUGUGACACCACUCAUUAAUCGACGCCAGGUACUUCCCCGCACACCAGCCUCUGCCAGCUUGGUAAUGGAAGUCCAGCAGGGUGCAAUGACCACUGCAGCAGCUCCCCCUCACAAAGCUGCUCCUCCUCUUCCAUCACCCGCAAGGAAGAGGUGCCGAUUCUGCGUGGGUGACAAGAAAACGAGCACCACGUGCCACAAGUGCGGUGUAUAUAUUUGCAAAAGACAUUGCAUCAUGACCAUACACUGCCAUUCGUGCAAAUAGGAACACACACACACACACACACACACACACACACACACACACAGACACACAGUUUUUCUCUGUUUAUAUGAAGUUCAUAAUAGUUUUAGAAAUAAAUGUUGUACUUGAUUUCAUGAUUUUGAUGUGCCCCUACCUACAUGUUGACACACACACACUGACACACACAUGCACACGCACGCACACACACACACACAG